AUGCGCCGAGGGGGAAUCGAACCCCCGGCUCCCCGACGCUGCUGGAUGGCAACGGAGAAUUUUACCACUAAACCAUCGGCGCAGACGAUGAUGUUUUCGAGCUGUUGGCUCGGAUGGUUGGCGACGAGCUGGAUGUGGACACUCUUGUUCUCUGGCAUUGCGUGUUGUGCGUGGGUCUGA